GCUUCUCCACAGAAAUGGUAACUUGGCUGGAGAACUUAGAGCUGAAACUGGCCAUUAAACGCGACUUCUUAGGAAGAACGUUGUUAGUGUUCAAUUCUUCUUUAGCUGUAGAGACCCAGAAAAAUACAUCUACAGUGUGGUGGACUUUUCUAUCUAGCUAAAUGCGCCUUGGAGAGGUUAACCUGUUGCCUGGCUCCCUCGCCGUGUAGUCAACUACUAUCCAAGAUGUUGCUUUGUGGAUAGGAUGGCGCCUGGUGCUGUUUGUGUGCGCACUCAUAGCCGCGACGAAGUACGAACUUUUCCCUUUCUGGCAACUUUGUAGCACUUCUUGUCUGGGAAAAUGCAUGUGUCUCUGGCAGAAGCGUUGGAGGUUCGAGGAGGUCCACUCCAGGAGGAGGAGGUCUGGGCAGUGUUAAGCCAGAGUGCAGAGAGCCUCCAAGAACUUUUCCGCAGUGACCCUGCAGCCACGGGCUUCAUUAUCUCCCCCUGGUCCCUCCUGCUCAUGCCUUCUGGCAGCAUCUCAUUCACGGAUGAGUAUGUCACCCAGCAGGACUUAAGAGCCUUCACAGCUCCCGAGGUCCUGGAAGGGGUCUCCUUGAACUCUGUUUCUGACAUAGAGAAGAUGCACAUGUACUCUCUGGGAAUGACCUUAUUCUGGGGGGCAGACUAUGAAAUCCCUCAAAGUCAGCCCAUGAAGCUGGGGGAACACCUAAACAGUCUUCUCCUAAACAUGUGUGAUGAUGUUACAUUAAGUCGAAUGUCGUUGCGCACGGUGCUGGACAUCUGCAGCAAACACAUUAGAAACUCCAGCUGUGACCCUCCGUUUUCUUAUAUCAGAAAGCUGGUCCGGUUGGUGCUGGGCAGCCUCUCUCAGCUGGAUGGUCUCCUGACAGAUAGAGAGUCUCUUCCAGAGCGAAGUAAGGAAAUCCGGGAAAGACUGAGGGGCAAAGGUUUGCCUUCUGGGAGGAGUGCCGCCCCCAGGGUUCUGGAGCGUUACAGAGCCAGGACUCAAGAACAAACAUCUCUGAACCGGGGCCUCAGUCGUUCCAUGGGCUCGCUGCCAAUCCAGGACUUGUUGAAGGGGGAUGAGGGUGCAGUCCCACAGUACUCCCUGCCCGGUUAUCACACAAACUCUGAGUCCCCAACAGAACUCUACCCCAAACCACCCUCACUCCAACACCAGCUGUCUUAUCCCCAUCUGCACCCUCUCCAUCCCCAGCAAAAGGGUCGACCUGUGGAACUGGACCGUAGGUCUUUACCCUUCUACAGUGGGGAACUGGGACCGAGUCAGGCCAGAAAGACAUGGGCUUCCUCUGUGGAUUUAGCUUACAUUGACCCAGAGGCUCUUCGUUUUGGGGCUUUGGAGGACGCUCGCAGAGGUAGCACUGCUUUAAGUACACACUCUGUAGGCAGGCGCAAAUCACCUUUGCUGGCAUCCAGGGAGAAGGAUUCUCGCUACUCUGAGUUUGGUGGGCUGAAGAAUAGAAAGCCUUACCAUUUCUCAACCCUGUCUGUUGACCCAGCUUUCACUGGUGCUUACGACAGGAUCAGGGAAAGACAGAGGAAACUCGAGGCACUACGACAAGCAGUAGAUGACCCUGUUCACACCCACAAAAGAUAUCACAGUGAUUACAGCUCAUCCAGUGAAAGCCCCUCAGUGACCUCCUCUGAUCCAGACUACAGGAUAGCUAAGAAACCUGGUGAGGUGACAAGAUACGGCUCCCAGGGGCCGCUCACGUCUGAACACGAUGCUCUGUCACUGACAAGUCACAACACACACAGACAAAGGCAAAAUGAGGGGACAGCUGAUGAAGGCCUGCUGGAAGCGGAGUCACUCCUCCAGAGGCAGGAACAAGAAGUGCAGCGGCUACAGGCACACCUGGCCAAUAGACUGUCCAGGGCCAACCUUUACCCCACAGGCGAGCUGCUUGUCCCACCUCACGCUUCAGUGCUUGACUUCCAAGACCCACUCUACACCACCUCUGUAUCACUCCGCAUAAACAAGAACUUUCAUGGACCUGAGUUUGUGAAGAUGGCCAGUGAGCCUUGCAUUGCCUUAUCCGUGCCUUCCUCAAUAAUGAAACGUGGUAAGGUGGAAGAACUGCAGAGGAAGGUGGGAGUGGUGCUGCUGAAUGGCCAAAAGCUGGAGCUGAACUGUGACAUCAAGGCAGUGUGUAAAGAUGUUCUUGAUAUGGUGGUUGCCCACAUCGGCCUUGUCGAGCACCAUCUCUUCGGCCUUGCAUACCUCAGAGAAAAUGAGUUUUUCUUCAUUGAUGCUGAUGCCAAACUCACCAAAGUAGCGCCAGAUGGAUGGAAGGAGGAUCCUAAAAAACGAAGAUCUGAUGUGCCGUUUAAUCUUUUCUUGCGCAUCAAAUUCUUCCUUGAUGAUGUCAACCUCAUACAGCAUGCUAUGACCAAACAUCAGUACUACCUGCAGCUGAGGAAGGAUAUCUUGGAGGAAAGGAUGCGCUGCAACACAGAAAAUGCUCUGUUGUUGGCUUCGCUGGCACUGCAGGCUGAAUUCGGUGACUACCAGCCUGAGCUCCAUGGGAAGACCUAUUUCAGACUGGAGCACUACCUGCCAGUGUCUGUCUUGGAUAAGGUGGAUCAGGCGACCAUUAGGGAAGAACUGCCAAAACUUCACAACAACUACUAUGGAGCGUCAGACUCUGAGGCCGAGUUUGAGUUUCUGAAGGUGAGCCAGAGACUUACAGAAUAUGGAGUCCAUUUCCAUCGCGUGCUCCCAGAGAAGAGAUCUCAGACAGGGAUCAUGCUGGGUGUUUACUCCAAGGGGGUGCUCAUUUUUGAGGUCCUUAAUGGAAAUCGUACCCCAGUGCUGAGGUUCCCUUGGAGGGAGACCAAAAAGAUUUCGUUUACAAAAAAGAAGAUUUGCCUUCAGAACACAUCAGACGGAAUUAAGCACCUUUUUCAGACAGACAGCAACAAGACAUGUCAGUACCUGCUGCAGUUGUGCUCUGAUCAGCACAAGUUCCACCUGCAGAUGAAAGCCCGCCAAAACAACCAGGAGCUCCAGGACCUAGAGAAUUCCCCUUUGAGCAGUUUUCAGUAUUCCAUUGAUCCUCGGAGUGGGGAUGCAGCAGCGAGGUCAGUGAGCUCCGACAGUCUAACCCCCAGCUUGUCAACGCGCUCCAACCCAGAGCACCUGAAAAGGAUCUCAUACUCAGAAGUGGCCCUCAACAAGGCACCGUCAGGCUCGAUAUUAGUCCAAGAUGAUCUCCACUUUCCAGGUUUCAAUCCAGUAGCCCCCUCUGUCAUUUCCAAUCCACGAAUAAUGAGUCGCUCGCACCACAACCUCGCUCUGAUAGCAGAGCCUCCAGAGCGCCAAAUGGCAGAGUUGUACCGAGGCCAGUCGCACAGCAGACUGACCCAACCACAAUCCAACCAAGCAGCUUCUCACUUCCAGCAACAUCAGCGUGCCAGCUCAGACACAGGCUCACUUUCACACCAACAAGACAAACCACUUCUCGCAGUGUCCCACAGCAGUCCAGCCUGGCGCCUCAGCAAAUCUAAAAAAGAAUCAGACUCUUCCUCCUUAGAAGAUACUGGCCAAGCAUAUGUUCUUGGUGUAAGUAUGUGCAGUUCAUCUGGACCACCUUCAACCCCAGCCUCUGUUAAUGAUUCACUGAAGAAAAAGCUCAAUGAGUUGCCAUCUCCUGAGAGAGAAAUCACAACUGUAAAGCUGAAGAAGGAUGUGAAAUAUGGCCUGGGGUUUCAGGUUGUCGGAGGGGAGAACUCUGGCCGAACAGACCUCGGUACUAUCAUUAGUUCUGUCACUCCAGGGGGUCCUGCUGAUGUUAAUGGCUGUCUCAAACCUGGUGACCGGCUGAUCUCUGUAAAUGAUAUAAACUUGGAGGGACGUUCUCACACCACAACGGUUGAAAUCCUUCAGAAUGCUCCUGAUGAUGUUACUCUGGUGGUGUCACAGCCUAAAGAGAGGCUUUACAAAGAAUCUCCUUCAGAAUAUGUUCCCUAUCAGCCCAAAUCUUCAUUCAAGUCACUUAAGUCUGCCCGGAGACCAGAAUUAGACUGUGAUACUUCCUCAGAGGAGCAUCCAGGAACAGGAAGCCCCAGUCCUCCUCUGCACAGUGCUGACACACCAUCAUCUGCCUCCUCCCCAAUCCACCAGCACACCAGCCUCAGCUCUCACGACUCUAGAAUAAGCAGUUCUUCUAAAAUCAGCCAGCCCCCUCCUAAUGGAGUUCAGCAGUGCUUGGAAAGAGCUACAGCUGCUGCCGCAGCUCCAGCCGUUGCCCAACAUCAUGGACCAGAACCAAAUGCGGGUUUGGAUCCUCGACCACCAGCUCUGCCACCUAAAACCAGAAAAGCUAAAGUUGCAGAAGUUCCCAAAGUUUCUGAGAAUUCUGAUUGGGGAGAUUCAGACAUGGAUGAAGAGACUUCUUCCAGUGGUCAGGAAAAACUGAAGGCCAAAAAGGAAAACAUCAUGGAAAAUGUAAAUGGUAAUGCCCCAGUAGUCAAUAGUCUCCAUCCAGGAGAUUUAUUUGACAUUGAGCUGUCCAAAAAAGACAGCAGCCUGGGGAUAAGUGUCACGGUACUGUUCGGCAAGGGAGGAGUUAACACAACUGUACGACAUGGAGGGGUCUACGUCAAAGCCAUUCUACCCAAAGGUGCUGCUGACCUUGAUGGAAGGAUUCAGAAAGGUGAUCGUGUGCUGGCUGUUAAUGGGAAGAGUCUAGAUGGAGCCACUCAUCAGCAGGCAGUUGAGGCCCUCAGGAACACGGGGCAGACAGUGCACUUGUUGCUGGAGAAGGGUCAUCCACCUGCAGAUGGCACUCGUGUUCCCCUCACACCUCAGGGCACUACACGAUGUGCUGCCAGUGACCGUAGCCAGACAACGGGCAAAGAGCAGCUGCACGAGGCCAAAGAAAAACCAGAUUAUAGCUUUGUCACGCAAGAUAAUGUGUUUAAGGUGUGUCUCCUGAAGAACACGUCAGGGCUGGGCUUCAGUUUUAGUCGAGAAGAACAUGUUCCCGAUGAGCCCCACAGCUCCAGCAUGGUGAGGGUUAAAAAGCUAUUUCCCGGCCAGCCAGCAGCAGAGAGUGGUCAAAUCAAUAUGGGUGAUGUCAUCUUGCGGGUUAAUCAAACCCCUCUCAAAGGACUUUCACAACAUGAGGUCAUAUCUGCUUUGCGAGGAACAGGACAGGAGGUGACGUUGCUCCUCUGUAGACCUGGACAUGGCAUUCUUCCUGAGAUGGACACUUCAGCCUUGACCCCCAUACCUUCACCUAGAAAGGCGCCAGUAACCCCUGCAGAGCCCAGCCUCAGUUUGGGCAGGACCGCUUCUCCUUCUGGUACAACAAAGAGCAAGAAACAGAACCUUGUGGAAGAGGCUCUGGAGAGACUGCAGCUAAAAACCCCCGGCCGACACAACAGCUACAGCGACAGCACCGAUGGGGAUGAGGAAGUGGAAGAGGCUUUCAGUCCAAGCGCUCUGGAUCACAGCAAGCAGACCUGGGAGCGGAGUGUUUAUCAAACCCCCGGCAGCAACCUGGGACUGGGAGGCUAUGACAGCAGUGGUCAGCUGGAUAACACCUUCCACUCAGCUUUCUAUUCCCCAAACCUGUCAAUGACAAGGUUAGACCUCAGCAACAGGUGUUUUUCAUCACCUGAGGCAGCUGAUGUAGAGCCAGCCUCUCUGCCUGUGCUGUCCUCUGCAGCUGCUCCAAGCCCAGACCCGCUGCCUCCACCAAUGCCCCUACCCUUAAACUUCGGCAUGCCUGGCAACGGACAAGACAUGGAGGAAUUUGUCCCAGAAGUAGAGCUAAAGAUCUCUUUGGUGAAGUCAGAAAAAGGCAGCCUUGGAUUCACCCUCACAAAAGGCAAUGAUCAUGGGUGUUACAUCCAUGACAUCGUCCAGGAUCCAGCCAAAGGAGAUGGAAGGCUCAGACCUGGGGAUCGAAUGAUCACGGUGAACAACACAGAUGUGAGUGAAAUGGGCCACACUGAGGUGGUUAAUCUUGUGCGUGCUGCACCUCGGGUGGUUGACUUGGUAGUCGGGAGGGUUCUUGAGGCCCCCAAACCCCCCAUAGAGGCCCAUCUGCUGCCUGACAUUUGCUUCAAGAGCAAACAGGAGCCACUAGGGUUGGUCUUAGAUGGUGGUAGCGACAGUAUAUACAGGGUCUUAUUUGUAAAAGACAUCAAACCUGGUUCACUGGCCUCAAAAGAAGGAAGCCUGAAGCCUCUUGAUCUGAUCCACUACAUCAACGGUGCUCCAACCCAGGACCUGACCCUGAGCGAGAGCUCCAGACUGUUGGAAUUUUCCCUCGGUGACCUCACGCUCAAGGCAACAAGGGAUGGAAAACCUGUUUCUCCUGAACAGAAAAGUGUCUCUUUUCUAAACAACAUUAGCUCCAAGAUGCCAUCCAGCAUGAAUGGGUUCCUUCAAGAGGAAGAUUCCAAAGACACAGAGAGUCUUGCUGCACUUUGUCCUUUAGAGGAAGAUAUUAUAAAGCUGGAUCUGGAGAAGCCUCAGUCUGGGGGUCUGGGUUUCUCUGUGAUUGGAGGGGAGCGAGGGAUCUUUGUUAAAUCCAUCACACCAGGAGGAGUAGCAGAGUCCUCGGGCAAGCUGCAAGUCGGAGACCGGCUGCUGAAAGUGAAUGAAGAAUUAAUGACAGGAGUGUCCCACACUAAAGCUGUCACCACCAUUCGUAAAGCCAGAGACCUGGUACGUCUUAUUGUAUCAAGACCACCUGACCAGAACUCAAACACCUACCUGGCCUAUCUUCCCAUCAAUUCUGACAAGUGCAAUGGCAACACAGACGUGAGUGAGGACAGUGGAGUGAAGAGUAAGCUGUGUACUCCACAUGAUGAGCUGAAAUCAAGCAGCAUCCCUUCCAUACCACCAAUAGACUAUGAGGAUGGUCCACAGGAGCUGAAAAAUGAGACGGAGCAGACUGCAGAGCUUUCAGAGGAUACGGACUGUGAUGAAUGGUCUUUACCUGAAGACUCUCCUGUGAAUUCCCGGAAAGUGGCAUGGCAAGAGGAGUGUGUUGACGAUCCAAGGAAUGAAAAUUAUCUGCAGAUGGGGGCUGGGCCGCCCGAGGAAGAUGAAAUCACAUGGGGAAGUGAAGAACUGCCCAUUGAAAACAUGAACUCCAAAUCGAAAGAUGACGGGCCCAUCAUCACAGAGGAAGAGCUGACCUCUUUACCCCUUGUCAAAGUGAUCCCUGAUAGUCAGUACACAGGACAGAGGCUCAACACUGUGGUCCGCAUGAUGAGGGGCCUUCUGGAGCAGAAAAUCCCGCUGCAAGAAUUUGAAAAUCUUCAGAACCUCCAGCCGCUGGAUGAUUGCUUAGUUGGGCAGACUAAGGAGAACAAGAAGAAGAACCGCUACCAGAACAUUGUUCCUUUUGAUACAACUCGCGUUUUGCUUGGCAAAGAUGGAGGUUACAUCAAUGCCAACUUUAUUAACAUGCCAGUGAAGGACGAAAACUUCAUGUACAUCGCCUGCCAGGGACCUUUGCCCACCACGCUGGGUGACUUUUGGCAAAUGGUCUGGGAGCAGAAGUCCAAUGUGAUUGCUAUGAUGACCCAGGAGGUCGAGGGCGGCAAAGUGAAAUGUCAGCGGUACUGGCCGGACACGCCGAUGACAGCAGAGAUGGCAGAUGACAGGUUACAAAUAAUGCUAAUCAAAGACCAGCAUCUGGACAACUUCGUCAUCCGAAUCAUUGAGGUCAAAGAUGUUCAGACUAAUGAGAUUCAGCGUGUAACUCAUCUGAACUACACCGGAUGGCCUGACCAUGGAACGCCCUCACAACCCGAGCAGUUGCUCACAUUUAUUUCCUACAUGAGGCACAUUUACCGAUCAGGACCCAUUAUCACACACUGCAGCGCGGGCAUUGGCCGUUCAGGGACCCUCAUCUGUCUAGACGUGGUUCUGGGCCUCAUUAGUAAAGAUGCUGAUUUCGAUAUUUCAGAUGUCGUAAGGAAUAUGAGACUUCAGAGACACGGAAUGGUCCAGACGGAGGAUCAGUAUAUUUUCUGCUACCAUGUAAUCCUCUAUGUCCUCAGAUGCCUUCAAGCAGAGGAGAACAUCUCAGGAUAGUAGGAAGAACAUAUCGCUGUCACAUAGACGCCGGGUGACUCUUUCUCUAGAGAAAAACACAAGAGUUAACACUGGCAGAAGCUGCCAAAUUACACUACAUUUUUAAAUGCCUUAAACUAUUCAGUUCCUUCAGAGGAAGUCCUUUUUAAGAGGUCUAUAUUUUUAUGUUUGCUUUUUGCAUUUUCUCUGGCUGCUACUUCCUUCAUUGCAUUUAUGCAAGCUGCUGAUUGUACUGUCACCAGAACACUUUUUUUGUUUGUUUUCCAGAUUUCUGAAUAUUUUAAGAUGGUUACAGAAUGAUCAAUGAUUUCAUAUUUUAUGUGACACUUUUUGUGUAUUUUGAAGCCUAUUUUGAUGCUGGAACAUGCCUUGACAGAAUACUAUGUCAGUAUUUGCUAUGUAAAUCUGUUAUACAGUAACUGCUCACUGCCUGAGGCAAAUUAUGAAUUUUAAAUUGUACAUAUUCAUCUCCUGAAAAUUAAACUGGAUAAAUUUUAA